AUGGAAGACGGGGAAGCUCUUGACCUGCAGGAUGCACUGAAGCCGGAAGUGAAGGAGCGUCCGGUGCGGCUGAUAAAAAUUGAACGGCAUGAUGGCACAAAGGCGUUUUUGAACUCGGUGAUAGAGAUGGCGCAGGUGGUGCUUGACAACAUGCCGCCAGACGCCUGCUACAAAGAUAUCGCCAUUAAAUUAAAGACCAAACUUGACGAGGUGGAGAAAGGCACAUGGCACGUCAUUGUAGGGUCCCACUUUGGGGCAAAUGUGACGAAUGAUUCCGAGACACUCGUGAAUUUCAAGAUUGACGAGAUGCACAUUUUGUUGUUCCGCUCUGGUCCACCGGAGCGUCCAAUGAGUCUUAAUGACGAGGGGUCGUAG